AAUUACAUGUUCUUCUCAAAUUGAACAAUCCGAUAUUCAAGACUAUGUCCAGGAAGAGGUAUGGAGAUCAUUUCUUAAACAUUUCUAUGAGGCAAUUGAUGAGGAAGCGACAUUUACAACAGAAUUUAAAAAAGCCUGA